ACAAAAAACAAAAGAGAGGAAAACAUUACGGUUUAUGAAAUAAUGACUAAUCCUGGAGCAAGAGAAAGGGGAUGGGUUGGAGCACUGGUGUCAAACAGAGAUUCAAUCUUGGCUGAAAGAGCCCCAAGACACAUGGGCCAAGUCAUUCACCCCUCCCCAACUGCCCUCAUUUCCACACCUGCUGAUCUAAGCCAAACCCCUGCUAAAAUACAAACAAUCGGGGCCGCCGGCAAAUGAAAAUUGGAGCAUUGUCUUCCCCAUGAGGGCUCUGAAAGGGCCGCACUUAAUGAGGAUGGAUUGACAAAGAGGUGGUUCGUAGGCUAUAAAAGGCAUUCCACAGUCAGGAGCAGCUCAGUCCGGGGUGUGCUGUUGGUUCACUUGCUCCAAGCAUGGUCACAUCCCCUCGCAGGCACCCCUCGAGGUUGGCUGGCCCAUGGCUACUGGGUCUCCUGGCACGCCUGCUGCUCUGGGGCUCUCCAGGUGCCUGGGCAAGCUACCUGAGGAGAUCCUCCAGCUGCAUGCCCAUCCCACACCGCAUGGCCUUGUGCUACGAUAUCGGCUACUCCGACAUGAGGAUUCCCAACCUGCUGGAGCAUGAGACCAUGACAGAAGUCAUCCAGCAGUCUUCCAGCUGGCUGCCCUUGCUAGCCAGGGAGUGCCACCCAGACGCUAGGAUCUUCCUCUGCUCCCUCUUUGCACCGAUCUGUUUGGACAGGCUCAUCUAUCCCUGCCGCAGCCUCUGUGAAGCCGUCAAGAGAAGCUGUGCGCCCGUCAUGGCUUGUUAUGGCUAUCCCUGGCCCGAAAUCCUCAACUGCAACAAGUUCCCUGCAGAUCAUGAACUGUGCAUUGCAGCAGUCUCCAUGGAUGAAAAUUCCUCAAGCAGGAGAACAGUGCCCCGAGCCAGCUGCAAGGACUGUGAGCUUGAAGAGGCCAGCACUGCCAGGGAGAUCCUGGAAAGCCUCUGUGCAAAUGAUUUUGCAGUGAAAAUCCGAAUCCUGAGGAGGAACACCACCACCACCAUCUCGGACUUCGACCUGGACCCGUCCAAAGUGGAGGUGCUGAAGCAUGGCCCACUCCUCAGAACUGAAAUCCCUGCCAGGCUCCAGCAGUGGCUGGACAUAGAUGCCACCUGUGCCCACAACAUCAUGCGAGGCACUCAGGCAGGGGUCUUCGUUGUAAGUGGUGAAGUACAGAGUGACAAAGUGGUGGUGAACAAGGCCUAUGCCUGGCAGAAGAGGAACAGGAACCUGCACCAAGCAGUGCGCAGGUGGAAACAUCACCGCUGCCCCGAACAGGCAGGAUGGAAGGUCUGAAAAAUCUCAAUUCCAGCAACAAGAAACUGAUCCCUUCCCUAUGGCUAGAAAACUCCUUUCCCUGGCAGGUGGUGUUCUGGAGAUGUACGGUGAUAUUUCUAGGUAAUUUGAGGCAGUCAUAGUGCACAGAUAGGGCUUCACUACCGAUCCCUGUUUUACCAAAACAGAGCUUAAGGAUGCAGGUUUAACAUGUUCCUCUCACACUGCUCUGUAGAUCCAGGACGUGCUACGCUCAGCUUUGUGUAGGAUCCAACAUCACCACAAAACGAUGCAGGUGAGGACAAACUAGAAGAAACCUUUAAUAACAGUUCCUUCUAGUUCUCAUUAUCAGAGCUGGUAUUUCAGAUUCAUUAUUUCACCCUGAGACAUUGAUGCUGUCCAAUUGCCUACUUGCUUUCUGUCCAGAGAUUACAUGAAAGUCUCCCUGACUGUGAAGUGAUACUUUUUAUGUAAUGGAGCAAAUACUUUACUCUUGAACAGUCUGAGGUAAAUUAACAGGGAGAGGAACCUGUUCUGGCUAUGCCCAGCCCCUUAAAAACUGCAUGCUGAACUCUGCUCUUGAGUCAGGCUGUCCCUUCAGCUUCCUGCACUGAGAGCUGAUGAGCAUCCACACAUGCAAAAGGAAACAGCCAUUCUCAAGCAGGACAGGCACAGAGCAGAUAGUUGAUAUUUUCUACAUAACAGGGAAAAAACUAUUGUUCAACAUCAGAAAUUCAGUGUGGAUCAGAAGAUUCUGGUAACUGGGGAUAUCACAAGAACCUUGAGAAAAGCAGAGUGUGAGUGAGACAUCAGCUGUUCAAAGCUCUGCUUUGGUGUGAACAGCAGCUUUGCUCAGGAUUGGGAGGUGAGUCCCAGCCCCAGCACAGUAGGAUAUUGCAGUUUUGAUACGGGAGCAGGGGAGAAACCUUCCACAGCUGCCUGGCCUUCCACCUGUACAUAAGGAAAAUAGGAAAUACUGGAAAACUCAGUCUCAUCAAGUUCUCUGCAGCUCACUAUCUCACUCAAGCAGGACUGUGACUCCCUGCAGGGGCACACACUGCGCUCCAGACCACAGAGCAGAAAACAGCAAAUCCCCAAAUGAGGAAACAAGUCAUAUUUCUACUGCCUAACAAAGCACUGCCCAUGGAAAGUUUUCUAUAUUGGUUGAAACCUGUGGCUGAAAUAAAAAACCAAAACAAGCUGAAGAAAACAGCCUUUGGGAGGAAUGCUUUCUGCCUUGUUGGUGACGCCUGCAGCGUUGGCCGUGCAGAAACAGCCGGUCUGCUGGAGCCACAUUGCCUCCCCGUGUUCACAAGGCACACCAACAACCCACGCCGCGGGCUCCUUCUCACACUGGUGUGGGCUGGAAGGAGCGCUCAGACACACACUGCAAUUCAGCUGCGCCCUGACAUUUGAGCGGUGCUUACUUAUCUUCCCUGAGGCUCCGAAGAAAAAAAACAGCCAAAUUUCCUAUUUUUAUUCCUCUCCACUGUCUUGUCUUAGAAACUGCUGCCCAAUCCACUGAAUCUGCUGUCAGGUGGUCCCUGCAAUGGCAGUAUCUUCUGAACAGACUGCAUUUGGAAAACAAAACACAUAAAAGCUCUGAAGGUUGAAAAGGCUUUGUCUGAUUUGUUUUCCAUUAGUAGGGCUAUUUGAUUACUAGUGUUUCCCAACUGAAAACUGCACAGAUGGUCUGAUUUACAAGCUUUAGAAAUUAUGCCUUGUAGCCAGAGGGGGGAAAAAAUAGGGCAGGGAUUUUUUCAUAGCUCCAUAAAAUACGCUUGCAUUCCAUGCAGAUGUGACUUACCCACAACUAAAAACCAAACCUAAAGUUCCCCUACGGUGCCCAGCCCAUGCUCUGAAGCCCAGAGCACACAUUAAAUCAUUCAUGAGUGUCUGCUGCUGUGGUCCCACUGCAGCCUGCUCUGCUGAAAGCAAAGAUGAUAGAUCAGGCACUAUUUCCUUAAAUUGGCUCUUGUAUGCUGCAGCACAUCUUAAAUCCCCAAAAACUCAAAAGUCUUUGCUAAGGGCUUCUAUAUUUACCAAACAUGACCAAGUUAAAUACACACUUCCACUAAUUUAAGCAACAGAGAUGCAAUGAAUUGGUACUGCUUGCAUAGAUAGAGAAGUCUCUGGAAGUCUUUUAAUGUCAGAGCUGGCUCCUGGCAGGUUCAUCCAGGAGAUAAGACUUGUCUUGCAACUUGCAGUUUCUAAAUAAGGGACUCUUUAUCAGAGGACAAAGGAGAACAGACUUGUGGCAUCUCAAAUGGUGAAUGUCUGUCACUGUCUGUGAUGGUAUCCUCAGGGUGCAAAGCUUCCCUCAAAACCAACGGAGGUGCUGGAACAAGAAGCUAAAAAUUGCUAAGGAUUACUGCUGCCAGGACAAACCUGCCUUUUAUCAUCUUCAGCACCUUCCUUGCAGGGAAAGAGGAAACAGGAGUUUUUCCCAGUGAAAACCAGACCAAUUGCCUCAGACUGUGGUUCUGGCAAUGACACCAGUUUUGUGAUGCUGUGGGGUUAUCAGCUCCAGGUUGGUGUGUCUGUUUAGUGAAUGUCAGACAGAAAUCCACUAAGAAUUUAAUGGCGAGGUUUUUAGUGUAUAUGAUCUAUGUGGAAUCAGAAAAAAUCCCUCUAUUUAUAAUUGAGAAAGCAUCUGAUUCUCUAUGUUACCUUUUCAGAAACAACAGGUUUUCUCUGACUUUGCAAUAGUAGGAAUUUUGUAAUAAUGAUUGACUCCUUCCCCUCAAAUUAUUUAGCAUAUUGUCAGUGGCUUUCCAGAACACAGAGUUCAAUUAGUGAGACUUGACCAGUGACAGCAAAGCAUCACAGAAAGGUAAAGAAGAUUUAAAAAUAUCUGAAAGGCAGAUGUUGUAUGGUUGUGUAUCAGAGAAGCCAAAAAUAGAGAUAAAUCUAGAACAGGACACAAAAUGGUGGAAGAAUUUAAAUCUAUCAAUUCUCCUGUCACUCAUUUCCUCAGUACUGAAGCAUCAAUACUAAAUUGUUUUUUCAUAAUUUAUUAACAAAAGUUUGUCCUUUCCUUGUAUUGAGUAGCUUCUUCAAGGUUCUUGCCAGCGAUCUGCUGUCUAUUCCUAAUAUUUUACAGAAACCUGAAAAACCUGGAAAGGUCAAUCUUCCAAAUUCUUCAAAGUGGGCCAUCCAGAACACGUAACCUCUGCGAAUUUUGCAUCAACAUACCUUAAACGACACCACACUCCUUUUAACGCAGCCCCAAGGAACAGCAGCACGGAGAGGUGAUGCCAACACGCGGGGAGUCAUUUUUUCCCGAGUGGGUGUAAGACAGCGGCGGGUGUCAGACAGACACGCACACACCCCCCGCUCCGCCGUCAGGGCGGAAACCCACCCCGCUACCGGCGUGCCCGGGCCCGGCAGCAGCUGCCCCCGGCGGGGCCGGUACUCACCGAACAGGAGCGGCUUGAGGCUGAGGGUGCGCACAGCGUGGGCCCUGCCGGGCACCAGCUCCACCCGCUGCGUGUGG